CAGCGAAGAAGAAAUCCGUGCUAUUUUAAAUGCAGCGAGAGCAGUAACCCCUGGAAGUGUGACGGAACCCGGGUGGCGACAUGUCAAUGAAUAGCUGUAUCAGCUAACGUGAGCUGACUGCAAAGGGAUGGUGGUUAGCUAGCUAACUAGCUAGCUUGCUGCAGCAGCUGCACUGUUUUCGUACACCGCAGUCAUGAGCGAAGAUGACACUUCAGCAUCAGCAAAUAAAGACAAAGACUCCACUCUCCUGCUCACGAAAGACGGACAGCGCUACUACGUGAGUAAGAGCGGAGUGGUCGACAGCAGAAAUGUGAUAACGCCGCACGAACCAGAAAACAACGUCUCCUCCUACGACAUGGACGACCUGGACGAGGAGAGCGACGUCUUGGACACCUCUGAUCCCAGAGACAGCGCCGCCAGCCCGGAAGAGCUCAACGACGAGGAGACCUCGGAGGGUGACAACGCUCCUAAACAGUGCACUUAUGAAGGCUGCACGGAGACCACGACGCAGGUGGCCAAGCAGAGGAAACCGUGGAUGUGCAAAAAACACCGCAACAAGAUGUACAAAGACAAGUACAAGAAGAAGAAAAGUGAUCAGGCCAUGUCCAGUGGGAAACUUGAUGAAAACUCAGAGGAGCGGCCUGUGUCUGUGAACAAACAACGUCUUGGUGCCAUGGGGGACCGGCCAGCUAGACCAUCCCUGAUAGAGCAGGUCCUCAACCAGAAGAGACUGUCACUGCUCAGGAGUCCAGAGGUGAUCAGCUUCCUUCAGCAGCAGCAGCAGCUCCUGGCCACACAGAGCCGCAGCCAAUCACAGCAACAGUUCCAGGGUUGCUGACACCGGCUGCUCAAUGUUUUACCUUACUAUUUGUAAUGUAUAACGAGCACUGCCACUUGAUGCAUAAAUGUAGUAACCAUACACUGUUAACAUGAACUUCUGCAGACAGGCUGAAGGUGUGGUGAGACAGGUGGACUGAACUAGGCCCAGGCUGACCGUGUGAAAAAACAUGUCUGGUGCUGUUUAUGAAGUAUAAUUUCUUAAAUACAAGACAUUUCUUUUCAUAUUAACUUAUUGUUAAUUUACAUUGUAGUUACACCAUCAAAUCCCACUCGUUCUGUUAGUUAUUAGUUAUAGGAAGGCACUGUAUUAUAAUUGUCCAGUUGGAGUUGCUCAGAUGUUGCAAAAAUAAUCAUGAGCUCAGUUUCAUCCUCCUGUCUUUUCCAUUGCUUUAAAAAAAAAAACAACAACCCAAGACUAGUUAAUUUCUUUGUUUUAGUGUCAUUUGUUUGAUACUUUUCAGACAGUUUCCUCUUCAUUAAUUAUUCUUCAUUGUGUUUUUAAUGUUUUCUUUUGAACAUAAAGUGUUGUUACAUGUGACAAUCAGUUUGUGUAAGGCAUGUCUGUAGCCUCUUUACAGUCAAGUGGGGGUUUUCAGGAUGUGUGUGUUUAACAAAAUUUUUAUAUAAUGCUUGUGGUGCUAUUGCACAGACAGUGAAUUGUAAGUGUAUACAAAAAGGAAUACAAAACGAAGUGGGAUGGGACGUAUAUUGGUCAUGUUGGCUCUGUUGUCUUUGUGGCAAGGAGAUGCUGUGUAUCUACUGUAUGUUGUUCCUGUGUUUUUAAGAUGAAGUGUGUAUCCCCCCCUGCUGUGAGGAUGAGACUAAAAUUAUGUUAACAUUGAGAAAUCUCUCGCUACGUGAUGCUUUGUUUUUUAACAUGAGAAAAAUACCUGUGUAA